AUGCGUCGAGGCUUUGAUCAGCCCACCUCAAGCUCUGCAUCUCGUUCCAGCAACACCAGUGCCCGCGAGCAAAAGCAGCGCACACGACAGGAUCGGAACGACGCUCCUUCACAAGCAGACUCAAUCUCAGCUCGACGCAAGUCAUCGAACCGUCCGAACUUGAUCCUGCCACCGCAGUCAGAUGACGUCCAGUCAGCUCCACAAGGACACAAGUCGCCCGCAUACCUCGAGGGCAAGAACCCUUACGGCCAGAUUCUGGAUGAUAUCGAUCAUCCCUAUCGCAAGCCAAAAACUACAGGAGGUGUACCGACCCAGCUUGGUGCCACUUCUUCAGGUCGACUGCGAACAUCUGGCUCCUUCCACUCCAAGACUCGACCUGAAUCAAAACCCGAGCCCGAGCGAGAGGUCUCUGCGCCAAAUUCUUUGCAAUCACCAUUGUUCCCGAGGACACCCGCAAAACCAAUCUCAGUACGGGCUGCGAGAGACUUCUUCGAGAGCAAAGCAUCCUCAAUCCGAUCAGCUCCUCCUUUUCCACCUCCGGCAGCUGCUACAGCCAAAGGUGCCAGUGCAAAGACUCGGGUGAGCGAGGAGUACGUACACAACCUCCCACAUCGCCGCUCCAGGGAUAAGGCCACUCGUCCGGAUUUGCGCAUCGCGAUACAAUCUGACUCGGAUAUAGAGCCGGUUUUGCCAAGUCCACCACCGGAGGCGUCUACCCAGCUUGAGCCUUCUCAGCUGACAAACCGUCUCGCUCUUCUAAAAGGCGACUCGAUGUCGAACGUUGAUCUUCGGAAAGCAACAGCACUUCAAGACACUUCUGCGUACAAUGACCUCUCAUCUGAGGCUCCCAGAACAAGAUCUGGUGAGCGGCAUCCUACCAAUUUCCUCGCCACAGCAUCUCGAGAUACUGAGCCCUUGGACAAGAAACAGCGGUCUGUUGGGAAUAGUUCAAAAGCAGAUAACGCUUUCAAUACACUCGUAACAGUUCUCGAGCAUACCGACAGAGCCGACAACUGCCAUGUAUCCGAUGAGACAGUGAGCCAUCGUUAUGCCCAUUCUAUGACAGCCGCUGAAAGCGACCAAGAAGCAGCCAAAGAAGUUGCAACGUCCAGUGCGCACCCUAGUCACACUGUUCGAAGAGCUGUCGAGGAAGACCACGGAUUUACGGCCAAGCAAUUUAGCAGACGCAAGUCUUACAGUGCUCCUCUGACCCAUGAGGGAACAUCAGCUGCACGAACGAUAAGGUCAAGGCCUCACAGGUCUUUAGCAGCAGACCUCGGCCGAUCUACAGAAGACAACGAUAGCACCGGGCCUGGCGACGUUCUUGGAAGAGUUCUGGAUAAUGCUUCCAACAGCUUCAGUCACGACGGUUCAGGCUCUACGCCCUCACUGUCUCGUCGAAGUACAGCUCCCAGUCCCACUCAAAUAAUGAAUGAGCAUAUAGAUGUGGAUGAACCUAAUAUCACCGUGCCCGAGCAUGUCGAUUGGCGUAGCGCAUACGGAAGACGCAGGACGCAAGACUUUGGCUUUCCUGGCGCACGCAUCAAGCCGGGGGGCACAUUUAGAACAUACAAGCCUCUCCAAAAUCCCGAUAAGUGGACCAAGCGCGCUUGUGGUCAUUUCUCAUUCAUGGACCCUACCGAAUCUCGUGAGCAUGCAUCCAAGAGGCUAUGUCAUCAGUGUAGAACCAAGUCUCCACCGCCUGGAUCGAAGUCGGCGACACAACAGCGCACUUGGCGACGAGUGGCGACGGAAUCCUUAUCAUUAAGCUCGUACUCAUCGAAGAAGGCUGAUGGCACAUACUGUCGCAGCCCCGGACACCGCAAAAACCACUCCGAAUGUCCACCUGCAGAAAAGUGUUGCGAUGCCUUGGCGAGGGACGUGGGGAAUAUCAUAGAUGCUAUCCUGGAAGAGCACACCAACACAUUGCAAGAUGUGAUCAACAGCAUCAGACAUGCUGAACCCAGUCUCUCCCAGCUUCGAAGGAAGACUGAAAAUCCCAUCCAACGAUACCAGGUUGAAAGCGCUCCUCUCUGUCAUACGCCAUGCAGAUCUUCUCGCGCCCAUAAAACGGUCCAUCAGCCUUACCAGACUAUACGCCAACCAGUGGGGAAAGCAGUGCAGCAAGUGUACGAAUAG